AUGGGAAAGAUUCAGUUAAGAGAUUUUCAAAUAGUGUUCAAUUCCAAGAAUGGUAUCAAUGAAAGUGAUUGGCCUGGCUCAAGUGUUAUGGACAAAAUCAAGUCGAGUGAUGACUUUCAAUGGUCUUCAACGUCCAGUCAAGUGAUAACUAAAGGCAUUCAUGAAUUUCCGACAAUACCAUCGAGUUUUACGGCAAAACAGGGAUCUGUUAAGUACUGGAUUGAAGCUAAGAUAGACAAGUCAUCCAGCUCAUUCUCGCGCAAUCAUAAAACUAAGGCUGAGUUUAUAGUGGAGGCGCCCAUUAUUGUGCAAAAUCCUAUGGUAACAAACAAAUGUGUCAUAAUCAAGGGGUUGUUGGUUGGGCCGGGAGUCACUGAUAUGCAAACACUUCUGGUGCCAAUUCCUGCUGACAUUCCACUUUCUAUUGAUUGUCCCAUAAUAUCGGUCUCAUAUGAGUUGCAUCUGACGGCUGACAUCCCAUUAGCCCGCGAUUUACACAUCGAUUUACCCAUAAAUAUCACUAAAUUUCAAUUAUAUGAAUACGGAGUCUAAGAUAUUUUUAAAAAUAUUUAUAAGUUGAUAAUAAAUUGAUUUAUGAUUUCCAUGUAUUUCGAUUUAUCGCUAAUUUAGUUAACAAAAGGCUUAUUUG